CUCAUUUUAUUUUUAGUUUAUAUAAUAAACGAUGUUAACGGAUAAAAUUAUAAAACAUAAUAUAUACAUAGAAUUCAUCACAAAAAUUGUCUAGAAAGUCACAUCAACCAAUCAGUAUAUAGAACGGUCUAUCGAAAUAUAAACAAGGAAGAUAACGUUAGAAUAAUAGUCGUGUGUGAUACUCGUAUCCGUGUACUUACGUGAGCCGGUGCUCUAGUAGCUUCGGUUUCCCUUGAACCUUGUCCGGUUAUUAACUUACUCUUUCAUAAUUAAGAUCGUGAUGUGCCUUUCGCGUACUUACUUAAUUAUUUUGUAUAAUUCAAUAAUUCGUGCAUUGAUUACGCGAAACUUUUCAUCUUUAUCGUUAUUCCUCUACCGGUCGUCAUGAUUUAUAAUUCUUAUAGCUCAAUUAGAUAACAAAUUUAAUUAACAUAAUUUAUUUAAAGUAUUUAAUUACCAAUUAUCAAUGUAAAUAUUUAUAUCUUAAAAAAGUUAUAUAUGUGUUUACAUACACAUAUAUACAUUUACAUAUGUGUAUAUAUAUAUGUACAUACAUACACAAAUAUACAUAAAGGAGGGAAAAUAAAUUGUACAUACGAAAUUUUAAUUCUAAUUUUCUAAAAAAUAAAAGUUUAUCUGUGCAAUUAAUGCAUCCUGUAAGGGGCAACAUGUUUCUCGUAUGCGUAACUGUGGGCCUUGUACUUUUGGCCUCCAAAUAUCACAAAAAUGUCUUUCAAAGUGUUAGACAUCUCUGUCAAUGUAUAAACAGUAAAAGCUGUAAGCAAAGUGAUAAUAAGAAGAAAGAUCUUAAAAUCACAUUGGACAAAAUCAUUUUAGCUGAUACUCCAGAAAAAUGUGAUUAUGCUAUUCAACGUAUUCAUUGCAACUUGUCUAAUGAUGUGCUGGGUUUUGAUUGUGAAUGGGUCAAUGAAGGAUCUGUUUCUUUGCUUCAACUUGCUACAUUUAAUGGAGUAUGUGGCCUUUUUCGCAUUGGCAAAAUUGGAUAUAUUCCUCAAAAAUUGAAAGAUUUACUAGCUAAUAAAGAUAUUCUUAAAGUAGGAGUUGCUUCAUAUGAGGAUGGACAGAAGAUAUUAGCAGAUUAUGGGUGUAGAGUUAGCAGUACAAUUGAUUUAAGGACAUUAGCAGCACGAGUGAAGCUACCAAGUCCACAAAGUUUAGCUGCAAUGAGUUUGCAAUAUUUAGGCUUGGAAAUGGAUAAAUUGAUAGAAAUUAGGUGCGGCAAUUGGGAUGCUGGCACUCUUACUGACGAGCAAGUAGCAUAUGCUGCUUGUGAUGCAAUUGCAUCUGUUCUUAUUUAUGACCAAAUUACGCAGAAAAUGAAAGAGAAGUAUUCAUUGUGGGAAAUCUUAAAAAAUUAUAUAAAAAGUAUGUGUAAUAAAAAUCUAAAUAUGCAUUUUCAUUGUGUACCUAAUGAUGUAAUUGAUACGAGGUUCAAGGCUCAACAUGAACACACAACUAUUACAGAAAAUGAUCAUUUUGGCAAGAAUACCAGAAAUUACAAAGCAAAUAAUAACACUAUACGUAAAAAUAAUGUACCUACAAGAAAUAAACCAUUAUAUCAUAAUUGUUACUUACAAGCACCAGAUGGAGAAAUAUUAUGUACAUGUGAUCGUAAAAAAGCAGAAUGGUAUCUUACAAAAGGAUUAGGAGAAGUAAUUGAAAAGGAACCACUUACCGUCAGGUUAAAAUUUGAACCUUCUGGGCGAGCUUUGGGACAGGUUGGACAGUAUUACACACAAAUUAAAAUCAAUCAGUGUGUGGUUUGUGGAACAUCAGAUAAGUUUAUUAGAAAAAACGUUGUACCUCGAGAAUAUCGUAAAUAUUUUCCAUUGGUGAUGAAAGCACAUCAAUCUCACGAUAUAUUAUUAUUAUGUCCAUCUUGUCAUGAAAUUAGCAAUUAUCAUGAUCUGCAGCUCAGAAGAAAGCUAGCAGACAUGUGCGACGCACCUUUAGUUGGCCCAGUGACACAUAUACGUAAUAAAAAUGUAGAUAAUUCAAGGAAGUUACAUUCAGCUGUUAAAGCUUUAAGAGAAAGAACAACUUUGCCUGAUGCACGACGUAAAGAUUUAGAACAUUAUAUUUUAGAAUGUACAAAUGAGAAACAAGUUACACCAAUUCUGCUUGAUGUAUUAAACAAAAAAUUAGAGAACACAAUAUCAAUACCCAAUCCUGAUCAACCUAAAUGCCAACCUCAUGGUUUAAAGGUUGUUCAAUAUUUUCAUAAAAGGGAAGGCGGUUUAGUAGAAUUGGAACGUAUGUGGAGGGAACAUUUUCUUCUGACUAUGAAGCCAAAGUAUCUACCAAAUCUAUGGUCUGUUCAUCACAAUCAAGAAAGAUUAAUUAUUCAUCAAUCACAAAACAGAAUUAAACCAGAAGAUGCAAAGGCUUGUCUACAAGACUCCCAUGAGGAUGUUGGCAGCAGAUUAGUAAAUAUUCUUGUAAGGCCUCUUGAUUAAACAACCAAUAUGCGGAAUUAAACACUUUGUUCUCCAUACUUAAAAUUGUAUGAAUCAGUGGAAAGGCUCCACCUUGCCAAAAUGAAUAACAGCCAUCUACUAGUUUCUCUGUGCGCCCCUGGAAUCCACCUUCCAAACGCAUUUGUUUGUUUACUAUCCACCUCUGAAAAUAAAUAGAUAUGAAGAAUGGCUUUUUUAAUGUA